AUGAGGUCUACCAUUUUGCGUGCCUUUGUACAGGCUUCUUCUAUCCUUACACUUGUCUCUGCCGCUCCCGCUCCAACUGCUUUCACAAAUGCCGCCCCGCCCGACCCCGUCAUUACAGCUUCCCCGGUCGAGAAUAUUCCUUCUCCAGUCGUCGCCCGAAACAUCCUGAGCGAUGUAGAAUCUGAUGUUGAUAAUGUUCUUUCGGGGCUUGGGUCGGGCCUACCCUCAUGGGUCGCAUCUGGAGUGCCCAACUUCUUCCAGGGUUUCCCCACUGGAGAUGCGGUUGCAAGCUCCCUCGGAUUGAACAGCGCCGAUCUGGCAGCACUGCCAACCAAUGUGUUGAACAUCGACCCUUACGCCAAUUGGACCAAUUCAGGCUGGAACGUUCGAUUCCACGGAAAUGUCUACAAGCAACCAAACACCUCUGUCUCAACCUUGAACAAACUUGCCGAUGUCUUCCUCGUCAACACAAGUAUCUCAGAUCUUCCGAAGUCCCAGGCAGAUCAGGCACGUAACUUGACUGCCGAGAUCUUUGUUGUUCAACAGCCAGAAGUUGCUGUGAACACGAUCCACCUGGAGCCUGCUGCUGGCCAGGGAUCUAGUGGGCAGCCGGGUGGUGGUGGGUCAUCCAAUACAACCGGUGGCACGCAGGACAUCACUCUGCCUUACAACACAACAGUCGAAGGCGAUUUCGACACAUUCGUGCCAAUCGCCAGUAAGGGACUCACUGCAGGCAACGAAACCUCGGCAAUUCAAAGGCUUGACGUGCAUGUCAAGAAUGCAACUAUUGGGAACAGCACUGCCUAUCUCGUACCUCCAACUGGAGUGACUAUCGUUUCCGACAUUGAUGACAUCUUGCGUGUGACCAAGAUCUACGAACCGGAGCAAGGGCUACUCAAUUCUUUCGCUCGUCCAUUCACAGCUUGGGAGAAUAUGCCUGACAUCUACCGCAACUGGUCUACCAGCCUGCCCAACUUGCAUUUCCACUACCUUACCACCACCCCCGAGCAAGUCACAAGAAACUACAUGAAGUUCAUUUACGAAAACUUCCCGGGCGGCUCCUUCGACACUCGCCCUCUCAAUUUCAGCGACGUCUCCGCCACUCUGUCAAUUCGCAAGUUCUUGUUGCAAAAGGUCUUCGAAACCUUCCCAGAGCGCAAAUUCAUUUUGAUUGCAGACACUAGCAACAGUGAUGUCAUGCGCGACUACCCAAAAAUGGCCACCGACUUCCCUGGGCAGGUGCAGUGCAUCUGGCUCCGCAACACUUCGGCAACCGACCCGGGUGACAAAUUCCCCUACGACACGUCCGGAUUCAAGAGCCUCAAUCAGUCAAACUAUAUGUUCUUCGUGCACGCGGAUGACCUGACCAACUUGGAUAUCGCGAAUGGGGAUUGCUACAACAAGUCCAUUCCCCAAAAUCUGACUUUUAGCUACCAAGGACUGCCCGACGGGUUGGGAAAGACCCCAACAUCAGUCAAUGGUUCGGCAAAUCACACUGGAGCUGCUAGUGGACUGUUGACAGAAUCGGCUGGUGGAAAGAGCCUUAUGGCUUUGGUUGCAGCGAUGGCCACAGCCACCUUUAUGUUCUUGUAG